AUGCAUCUCGAGAUCCUCGAGAUCAGAUCACAAUACGACGAUGAAUUCCUCGAGCAAAUGCCACCAAACAAAGCCCUUUGCCUUCUGACGCGAGGUGGAUCAUCCCUGGCUCUUCAUCAUCCGGAACCUGGCAAUCUUCCGUCCCGUAUGGCCACAGCGAUUCUCUUUAUCGCCAUCCAACCACAGUCGCCAGGAGGCUUUCACUCGAUGAAAAUCCAGCUUCUAGCCAGAAGUAUCGAACACAGUCCUCGCCUGGUAACAGCCGACUUGAAACAUUUCGAGGUCACUCAUGCACAGCGGCGUUCCGAUACUGCGGUCGAGUAUGCUGCAGGAAGUUGUACUUCCCUCUGGUAUGACCAGAUUUUCCAGAUGAACGAGAGGUGUGAUGGUAGUCCGCAUGAGGACUGGAUUGUUCAUGCCGGAAGCGGUUAUGAUGAGGAUCGUAUCAACGCGGAUGACUUCCGAACAAUCUUCCGAAUCAUGGCUAUUCUCAUUGAAUUGGCGUCCAAUACAAUAAACGCGGCAUUCACAGCGAUCCGUCGCUGCCGUGUCAACGAAUGCGGCGAUUGGGAGGAAGCCGAGGUUGCGAUAGUCUUCGUUGCCAGCGAACGGGGUUCCAAACAGUUGUCGUGUCUCGAGAGGGACGGUCUGGAGCGGGUGCUGUGCUGCAACUUUCUUGGAGGUGGUCGUCGUAGUAGUCGUCGUGGUCGUGGUUAUCGUGAUUGUGGCAGUCCCAGCACCGGUAUCGGCGCUCUCAUCUACCACCGUCGUCGAGGAAGGUAUUUCUGCAUCGAUAGCAUUGUUUCGACGACGCUUCGAUGUCCGAGACGGCAUCGCGGCGAAUCCACAGAUGGAGAUUCUGUCAUCCAAUGUCAAAAUUGCUGCCAGAAUGAAAUGACACCACCUUUGAUCGAGGAAAGGGGUGUCAGCUUCAAGGAUCGUCAUGAUCACCGAAUUGAAUACAUUCUCUCCAAGCUCUCUCCUCAGGGCCAGGCAACAAGCGCGUCGAUCAUGCGCGCAAGUGUUGCUUUGCGUGAACGCGCGCGCGCGAGGUCAGAAAGGUACGCGUCAUCACACGGACUAGGAAACUUUUGUUUGCGGUCGCCUUCGCCGAGCUCAGGCAGCGAGCUUAUGCAAAAUCUCAGAGUAGGCAGAUUCGUCGAUUAA